GAUUACCACUUCGAGUACACAGAGUGCGACAGCAGUGGCUCCAGAUGGAGGGUGGCUGUCCCGAAUCCAUCAGUGGAAUGCUCUGGAUUACCUGACCCCGUGAGAGGGAAGGAAUGCACGUUCUCCUGUGCCUCUGGUGAGUACCUGGAGAUGAAGAACCAGGUGUGCAGCAAAUGCGCAGAGGGGACCUAUUCCCUGGGCAGCGGGAUCAAGUUUGAUGAGUGGGAUGAGCUGCCAGCAGGAUUCUCCAAUGUGGCAACGUUCAUGGACACAGCCAUUGGCUCUUCUGAGAAUAAAGCAGACAGCUGCAACAACUCUUCGUGGACUCCUCGAGGGAAUUACAUAGAGUCGAACAGAGAUGACUGUACAGUUUCUCUCAUCUAUGCAGUACACCUGAAGAAAUCUGGUUCAGUCUUCUUUGAAUACCAGUAUAUCGACAAUAACAUCUUCUUUGAGUUUUUUAUACAAAACGACCAGUGCAAAGAGAUGGAGUCCACAGCAGACAAGUGGGUGAAGCUAACGGACAAUGGGGAAUGGGGCUCUCAUUCUGUGACUUUGAAAUCAGGUAGUAAUAUAUUAUAUUGGAGAACGACAGGGAUUCUCAUGGGCUCUAAAGUAGUAAAACCAGUUCUGGUGAAAAACAUCACCAUUGAAGGAGUUGCAUAUACGUCUGAAUGCUUCCCAUGCAAACCUGGUACUUUUAGUGACAAAUCCGGUUCAUCCAGCUGCCAAGUGUGUCCAAGAAAUACUUAUUCUGAAAAAGGAGCUAAAGAGUGCACCAAGUGUAAUGAAGAAACAUAUUAUGCAGAUGAGGGAUCCAGUGAGUGUAUAGAGCGUCCUCCAUGCACAAGUAAAGAUUUUUUCCAGAUCCAUACUCCGUGUGAUAAGGAAGGAAAAACUCAGAUCAUGUACAAAUGGAUAGAGCCCAAGAUCUGCAGAGAGGAUCUUCCUGAUGGGUUGACCCUACCACCUUCUGGAGAGAGAAAGGAUUGUCCACCCUGCAAUCCUGGCUUUUACAACAAUGCCUCAUCUUCCUGCACUCCUUGCCCACAGGGCACAUUUUCAGAUGGGACGCAGGAGUGCAAAGCGUGCCCUGCUGGGACGGAGCCAGCUCUUGGGUUUGAGUAUAAGUGGUGGAACAUCCUGCCAGGCAACAUGAAGACCUCGUGUUUUAAUGUCGGCAAUUCAAAGUGUGAUGGGAUGAAUGGAUGGGAGGUGGCUGGUGACCAUAUCCAGAGUGGGGCAGGAGGCUCUGACAAUGACUAUCUCAUCUUGAAUCUGCACAUCCCAGGAUUUAAACCUCCAACAUCAAUGACGGGAGCAACGGGGUCAGAACUAGGACGGAUUACUUUUAUUUUUGAGACCAUCUGUUCAGCAGAUUGUGUGCUGUACUUUAUGGCAGACAUUAAUCGAAAAAAUACCAAUGUAGUGGAAUCAUGGGAGAGAAGUAAAGAGAAGCAAUCCUACACUCACAUCAUCUCCAAAAAUGCUUCCUUCACAUUCACCUGGGCCUUCCAGAGAAUAAAUGAAGGCCAAGAUAGCAGGCAGUUCAUCAAUGACGUGGCCAAGAUCUACUCCAUAACAGUGACCAACGCAGUGGAUGGAGUUGCCUCUUCUUGCCGGGCUUGUGCACUGGGCUCUGAACAGUCUGGCUCAUCCUGUGUGCCCUGCCCAGCAGGACACUACAUCGAGAAGGAGACCAGCCAGUGCAAGGAGUGUCCACCCAACACCUUCCUGUCCAUCCACCAGGUCUACGGCAGAGAGGCCUGUGUCCCCUGUGGGCCUGGCAGUAAGAGCACCAAGGACCACUCUGCCUGCUUCAGUGACUGCUUGGUGUCAUACAUGAAGGAUAACCAGAGCCUGAAUUACGAUUUCCGCAACCUCAGCCAGGUGGGCUCAUUAAUGAGCGGGCCCAGCUUCACCUCCCGAGGGACCAAGUUCUUCCACUUCUUUAACAUCAGUCUGUGUGGGAAUGAGGGGAAAAAGAUGGCUAUUUGCACUGACAAUAUCACAGAUGUUACUGUGAAGGAUAUGGUUUCAGAAUCGGAGGAUUUUUCCAACUUUGUGGGAGCUUUUGUCUGUCAGUCCACCAUCAUCCCGUCGGACAGCAAGGGUUUCCGAACAGCCCUGGCACUGCAGUCCAACAGCCUGGCUGACAGGUUCUUAGGAGCUACUGUUGAAACGAUGCUGGAAAAUAUCAGCAUCAAGACAGAUAUAUUUCCUCCCUCUCCAAGCAAAAUACCCGAUGUUCAUUUCUUUUACAAGUCUUCAACAGUGACAACCUCCUGCGAAAACGGCCGUGCGACUGUAGUGACGAUGCGAUGCAACCCCAACAAACCCGGUCAAGGAGAACUUUCUGUACCCAGCUCCUGCCCUGCUGGCACCUGUGAUGGAUGCACUUUCAACUUUGUGUGGGAAAGUGCAGAAGCUUGCCCUCUCUGCACAGAGCAAGACUACCAUGAGAUUGAGGGAGCCUGCAAGAAAGGAUUUCAGGAAACCUUGUAUGUGUGGAAUGAGCCAAAGCAGUGCAUUAAAGGGGUUCCUUUGCCAGAGAAAAGGACGAACACUUGUGAAACAGUAGAUUUUUGGCUAAAAGUUGGAGCUGGUGUUGGUGCUUUCACAGCAGUUCUGCUCAUAGCCUUGACCUGCUAUUUUUGGAAGAAGAACCAGAAGCUUGAGUAUAAAUAUUCCAAAUUAGUCAUGACAGCAAAUUCAAAAGAGUGUGAGCUACCAGCUGCUGACAGCUGUGCUAUAAUGGAAGGAGAAGAUAAUGAAGAAGAAAUAGUAUAUUCAAAUAAACAGUCACUACUGGGGAAGCUCAAGUCCUUGGCAACAAAAGAAAAAGAAGAUCAUUUUGAAUCUGUUCAGCUGAAAUCUUCAAGAUUCCAGAAUAUAUGAAGAAUUAAUGCUGCCUUCAAAGAAACAAACCUGAUUUCUAUUUUUACAGGACCAUAUUUUAAACAUAUUCUGGCACACAUUGUAAUGGUGGUCUCAGUGAGAAACGCUAAGCCAUUUGGGAGGAAAGAAGACAGGAAGCAAACCAGAAAAUUGGAUUGCCUUAUCAUGUGAUUGAGUAACUUGCCAAAA